CUUACGCGGAAGUGAGGUUGCAAUUGGUGCGCGAGCUGGCGGGAACAUCCGGCGGUGGUAAGGGCUCGGCGAACAUGAACAGCCGGCUGCAGGAGAUACGGGAGCGGCAGAAGCUGCGCCGGCAGCUCUUGGCUCAGCAGCUAGGAGCUGAAAGUGCAGAUAACAUUGGAGCAGUUUUGAACAGCAAAGAAGAACAGAGGGAGAUUGCUGAAACCAGGGAAACUUGCAGGAGCAGACUAUUCUGGGCAACUUAUGACACAUCUGCCUCAAUUACGAAGCGGAAGCUUCCAGAAGAAGGGGAAGCCAUUGAAGAAGAAUUUGAAGAAUACAAAGAUGAAGUUGUAGAAGAGGAGGAAACAGAAAUGCAAUAUAAUGAGGAAAUCUACAAAGAUUCCAGCACGUUUUUAAAGGGUACACAAAGCUUGAAUCCACACAAUGACUACUGUCAGCAUUUUGUGGACACUGGUCAUCGCCCUCAAAACUUCAUUCGUGAUGUAGGCCUUGCUGACAGAUUCGAAGAAUACCCUAAACUCCGUGAACUUAUCCGGCUGAAGGAUGACUUAAUUUCACAAACUAAUACUCCUCCCAUGUAUUUACAGGCUGAUCUGGAGACAUUUGAUCUUAGAGAACUAAAGAGCAAAUUUGACGUUAUUUUGGUUGAACCACCUUUGGAAGAAUAUUACAGAGAAACUGGAGUAACAGCCAUUGAAAAAUGCUGGACAUGGGAUGAUAUCAUGAAACUGGAAAUUGAAGAAAUUGCUGCUCUAAGAUCUUUUGUCUUUUUAUGGUGUGGCUCUGGGGACGGUCUGGACCUUGGAAGAGUGUGUUUGCGCAAGUGGGGUUUCAGACGUUGUGAAGAUAUAUGCUGGAUCAAAACCAAUAAAGAUAACCCUGGGAAAACCAAAACCCUAGACCCAAAAGCAGUCUUCCAGCGAACAAAGGAACAUUGCCUAAUGGGUAUCAAAGGAACAGUGCGCAGAAGUACAGACGGCGAUUUUAUCCAUGCAAAUGUAGAUAUUGAUCUUAUUAUUACAGAAGAGCCAGAGAUUGGGAAUCUUGAAAAACCUGUGGAAAUAUUUCACAUCAUUGAACAUUUCUGUCUGGGACGAAGGAGAUUACACAUUUUUGGAAGGGACAGCACAAUAAGACCAGGAUGGUUAACUGUGGGUCCUAGUCUUACAAACAGUAACUUCAAUGCUGAAACUUACAGCUCGUACUUCACUGGAACCAAUGUACAUCUAACUGGUUGUACAGAAGAGAUUGAAAGACUUCGUCCCAAAUCACCACCUCCAAAAACUAAACCUGAUCGUGGAGGUGGAGCCUCCAGGGGUGGAGGAAGAGGUGGCACUUCAGCAGGACGUGGAGAGAGAGGACGGGAAAGAAACAGAGGAAAUUUCAGAGGAGAGAGAGGUGGAUUCAGAGGUCGAGGAGGUGCUGCCCAUCGAGGGGGAUUUGCACGGUGAUGACAGAUUUCAUGAGACUAAUUUGGGAGUGGGAUUUCAGAAUCUCAGCCUGAAUUGAUUCCUGCUCUACUUUUCUACUUUUUUAAUAUUUACUAAAGCAUAGUAGUGAACACGUGUGUGGCCUGCAGAAAAUGUUUUGCACGUUGAUUGCAGGCAUUUUGUAAUAAUCAAAAUGCAGUGCAUUUGCCUUUAAGUCUGGUGCAGUAUAUAUUGAGGUUGGUUACUGGUUUAAAUCUGUUGCAAAGUCUCAGUUUAUGCUACACUUAAAGUUGAGUUUUUAAAUUUUUGAAUAUUGGAUUUUUUGGGACACUUUUUAGUAACGUGAUUGUAGUUCAGGAUCUUAACCAAGGGUGCUGAAUAAAAGGCAGUUCCUGCAGAACUGACUUGGAAGCGUUGAUUCUGUUAUAACUAUAAGAUUCUGCCAAUUUCAGUGUAGCCAACAGAACCACCAUCUUGUCCCGUAUCUACCAUUUCUACUUGAUUUUAACCCUUAGAACCUGCCAAACUGUAGAGUAAGAAAAGCAAUCAGUUUGUUCUGCUGUAUGUCUUAUGGCUCUAUCUGCCAUUAAAUUCAGAUAUUUUUACACUAAAUUUGUUACAUCUAUUCUUCUAAAAUGUUUACCAAAUAAUUUCAUUUUUCAGAGCAUCUUUGUGAACACACUUAGUUAUUUUGCAUCCAGACCUUGAAAGCAAAAGAAAGAUGUCAUUUUUUAAAAUCAUUACCUUAAUCCUGUAAGAAUUUUUAAUUUUUAAAGUUCUUCUCCCCUCCUCCACCCUGCUAAAACUUCUUGAUUAUAUGUUUCAUUGAAGGUAAUCUCUGUACAUCAUUUAGCAGCAAACUGUAGAGCAAGUGUAUAUCUAGCUGUGUCAACUUAGAGACAGCUGAUCAUUUUUGAGAAGAUGAAUGCAAAUUAAUAUCAAGAAAAUGCAAGGCCAUUUAAUUAUUAAGCAAAGAGCUUUUAUAAAUUCAGGUAACUGCCCCUGGAAAUCACAUAUAGUGAUUUUUUUCAUUUAUCGUUGUAGAAACAGUUUUUUAUACAGUUCUGUUUAUUUCUAUAUUUUUAUAACUAAAUGAGCAUGCCUUUUGUGGAAGAAAUACCAAGUUAAAUGUGAUAGUUGUCAUGAUCUUUAACGACUUCAAGGAGUUAAGAAUGACUCUGUUCCUGGUCGUUGGCUUUGUUUCCAAAGGUCUUGCAGGUGUUGUUACUUUUAUAAUUUAAAUCAUAUUAUUUUGUACCUGAGUUUUGAUACAAGGAACAUGUUUAAAUUUCUUCACAAACAAGAGAAAAUCUGCAGAUGCUGGAAAUCCAAGCAGCACACGCAAAAUGCUGGAGGAACUCAGCAUUUUGUAUGUGUGUAGUUUAAAUUUCUUACUGGAGUCCAUCUAUAUUUAUUAGUUUUUAAGAAAAGUACUUUAUGAUGAAUUGUAACCCCAAAUCUAAGCAGAUAAAAUUGUUUUACUACACUGAUUUACCUGAUGUAGUUCAUCUUUUUAAAAUGUUCAAGCACUUGACUGACAGUCUUUGUUCUAUGAUGUUGUAAAUAGCAAACACCUAUUUCAUGCAUGCUCAAAAAUAAUUGUAUUUGCCCACUUUUUGGAAACAAAACUGAGGUAGAAUUUGUUAUCUAGAAUUCAUUACUUUGUUUUAAGAAUUGGAGUACAUUCUGAUGUGUCUACUCAAAUGUUACCAGUUCUUCACUUUGUCGCCUUCAGAGAUUGUCCAAGUGCUGAAUUUUUAUUUGCAAAUUUCCAAAGGAAAAUGGGAAAAUGUGGUGCCUAAAUUGAAAGCUCAAUUAAGCACACCUUCCUUUUUAAGAAUAAGACUUAUGUACCUGCUUACCCAGCCUUUUGAGCUUGAUUCUCUUUCCAUUUCCAUCCGUAUCAAGGACAGCUGUCGAAUAGUGAAUUAUAAAAAUGAAGGUUCCAUUAUUCUGAUGACAGAAUGACACCAAUCUGCCACUCAUUUGGGUAUUCCCAUUCUGAGUCUCAUCAAAUCCGAAGCUGUAGAGUUCUACUAUUUGAGCUGCAGGCACAAGAGUGAGCCUUCUCUACCUGUUUCAUCAGAUGUCAUCUCAUCAAACUUUCCUAUGGGGGUGGGAAGGGAUUUUAGUUUUUAUUUUAGAUGUCACAGUUUGAAUGUGGGUGAAAACUGAUUUUAUAACAACUUGUUUCUUACAUUCUUUAAAGAACCAGAUGGCCUGUUUCUGGUGAUUGGAGAUCAUUUGUUGUUCAUCCUAUCAAGAGGAUUCACCCUUUUUAAAAUGUUUCCUUGAUCUCUUUUGUGUAUCUGAGAGCAGAUAGAGUUAAAUGAAAAACAAAUAUUCACAGAUGCUGGAAUUUGGAAAUAAGAAGAAAAUGCUAGAAAUACUCAAAAGUCAAGGUAACAUUUAUGGGGGGGGGGAAUAAGCAGCAAACAAAUUGAGUGGAAAACCUUUAUCCGAAUCAUUCUCAAUAAAAGUAAUUUGAAAUUUGAAUGCUGUGUUCCUGCAGGUGCAGCAUGAUCUGCUGUGUGUUUCUGGCAUUUUAUGUUUUUGUUCAAAUUCACCACUGAGUGCCAGCUGAGACUUUAGCUAAGAUUAUUUGGACUGAGGCUCGAUUAUUUAACCUUGUACAAAAGUGGAAAUUUUACUUGCUGAGCCACUGUUGACCCCUUAAUUGUGAACAAUAAGCUGUAUAGAGGAAUCUCCUUUGUCCACAGUACCAGAUCUUCCACAGGGAAAGGCUGUGCAAGAUAAUAUAAAAUAUAGCCAUGAUUAGUACAGUAUAUUCCUUGGUCCUAGAAAAUUCUAGUUCAGACUUUUUUUUUAAUGUAAUUGUUAUUGUGUCUUGACAGUUGCUCUACAAAAAGAAGUGUAUAUCCAUUUCUAACAUCCACUGGGAGAUUGUGAUCUUUCAUUCUUGUAAAGUGGGACCUCAACUAUCUAUAUUUUUUAUAUAUUCCAA